GUCAUAUGCACCCAUAUUACAUGAAGGUGAAACUUCAGAAUCUUUAAAUAUACUGAGAGAAAAUUUAAUUCAGGAGUGGAAAAACAGAUAUGAGGAAGCAAAUUACACACAAAUUUCAGUUUUAAUUAAAAAACUUAUGCGCUUCAAACAGCUGAAAUAAACAUAAAAAAGCGAAAUUUGCGUGAAAUUUUUGAUCGAUGGCCUUUCUUAAGCGAACCUCAGUUUCUUAAUAUUCAUAUAGAUUUUUUAAUGGGUAUUAAAAUGUAUCAACAAUGGUGUCAAUCUCAUACUGAAAUGUCAGAACAUGUACGAAAGUUUUUUAAAUUCCAAUGUCAAAAUCUUGUCUUGAAUUUUAGAUCAAGCUCUUCAAAAACUGCAAAACAAAAUGCAGAAAAAGUUGAAAAGAUGAAACAAUACAUAGAGGAAGCAAAAUCUAUGUCCGUAGUUUUAAAGAGCAAACUACCGAAUACUAUAGUAAUGUUUCCAUUAUUAGUUGCUCAUUUUUCUGAAGACCAGGAUCUACUCUUCAGAGUUUUUGACAUUGCAGAAAAAGAUGAUACGAUAAAAUCGUCGAUUCCACCAACUCCUAUAUUAGUUGUUAAAGGAAAGUGCUUGUACGACGAAUCAGCGAAAUGCUAUGUAUGCAUAGAAAAACAAAAUAUGAUAGAAACAAUAGAUGUGUUGGAAGGAUUAUAUAUUACUUUUGUUUCGUAUUAUUGUUUUGGAUAUUCUUACCCUACAAACUUAUCCAAAACACUAGAAUUUAUUCAGAGAAUUAUGUUCAAAAUCAACCCGCAAGACGAAAAAAGGAGAUAAGAGAGCUUUUGGUGCUAAGAGAAGGGUGUCAAACUUGGAAAUAUCGGUAAAAAAAUUAGGAGAAGAAUUAAAUAACUUUACAAAUAAGUUUAAAGUUUAAUAUUCCUGGGCAAAAAACCAAAAAGUCAAUUACAUAUUAAUAUGAGAAAUCGUAUAAAUGUAAAUAUAAUUUAUAUGUUAACAUGUAAACUCAUCUUUAUAUAUAUAUUAAAGUAUAUAUCUAUAUUAUUAUUUUUUACAUCUCUUUGUACAAAAAUGGCUAUCUAAUUUCACGCUAGUAUUAAUAAAUUUAAAUUUUUUUCGUUAUACAUUAAGCUUAUAAAACUUGUCUUUUUUUAUUUUCGAAAUAGAGUAACCAGACGAACUUGGACUUACAGAU